UAUUGAACUGCUACAGGAAAGAUAACAUGAAAUUCCUACUGAUCGCUGCUCUCGUCGCUGUGGCUACGGCCACCCCAACCAAAAGGGGACUCCUUACCCCUGAAUCCGCAGGACCCGUGGUCAUUGAAGGCCUCCCCGUCUCUGUUGGACCCGCUGUUGUCGACCAAUACGAACCUAUCUCCGUUGGACCCGCUAUUGUUGACGAACACGAAGAGAUCUCUGUUGGACCCGCUGUAGUCGACGAAUACGAGCCCAUCUCUGUCGGACCCGCUGUGAUUGACGAAUACGAGCCCAUCUCUGUUGGUCCCGCUGUCGUCGAUGAAUACGAACCCAUCUCCGUGGGACCCGCUCUGAUCGACGGACCCAUCCCCGACCCCGCUGCCGUCUCUGGCUCUCCCCUCGUCCAAGUCAUCGUGAACGUCAACACCAAGGCAUCCGCUGGAGGCUACGAGCCCAUCCAGACUGAGCCCGUGAUCAUUGACCCCAUGCCUGAGCACGAAUACGAACCUAUCCAGACCGAACCCGUCAUCAUUGACCCCAUGCCCGAGCACGAAUACGAGCCAAUCCAGACCGACCCCGCUAUCAUCGACAGUGACCCCGCUGUCAACCUACCCGACAUCCUCAACUAAAUAGUAAAAUUACUAACGAGUGUAAUGAGCAGAUUGUGAUGGAUUGAAGUAUAAGACCUGUCUUCUAUGGAAUUUUCAUAAUAAAUUUUUCUGAUUACA